GCACUGCAAUCUCACGUAAACCAGUUUGGCAAUAACAUCUGUGAGCUCUGAACAAACAGAAAGAAAAAAUCGAUUGGCUGCCCCUCAUGUGAACAGCAGAGAGGCUGAUGUGGCCACAGCUGACUGAGGUGUACCGGAGCCAGCACUCCACGAUUUAAACCUGGACAUAUACGAGAAAGAUACUUCGUUCCACGGGAGCUGCAGCGAGCUGCCUGUUUUCAGCGGCCCUGUGCGUGUUUUCUUAAACCUGACCUUCGCUCUUGCGAUUACCCAGAGGAGGACAACUGAAAACAACCCACAGCCUCCAUCUGAGCAUUUAAUCCUGGACGAACACUGUCUUGACCAACAAUGAACGGCUCUAUAUUGAACCAAUCGGACUGUCCUGAGGUGGUGGUUCCCAACCCCGUCUUCUUCACCAUCGGAGCAGUGAGCUUUGCUGAGAACUUCCUUGUUGUGGUAGCUGUCAUACGGAACAGAAACCUCCACUCGCCAAUGUACUGCUUCAUCUGCAGCCUGGCAGCCUUCCACACCAUCGCCAGCCUGACCAAAACCUUGGAAAACUUCAUGAUUGUGUUUGCUGAUGUGGGACACCUGAAUAAGAAAGGUUCUUCUGAGACCACGCUGGACGAUGCAAUAGACUCCCUGCUGUGCAUGUCAUUUUUGGGGUCCUUUUUCAGUAUCCUGGCCAUUGCCGUGGACCGUUACAUCACCAUCUUCCAUGCACUCCAAUACCACAACAUCAUGACAAUGCAGCGCACUGGGGCCAUCUUGGGCAUCAUCUGGACUGUAUGCGGGGGCUUGGGCGUGCUGAUGAUAUUGUUCUUUGACUUCAAGCUCAUCAUGAUCUGCUUCGUCGUAUUGUUUUUCAUCUCCUUGGUGAUUAUCUGCUCGCUGUAUGUCUACAUGUUCAUGCUGGCACGUAUCCAUGCCAGAAAGAUUGCAGCGUUACCGGUUGGUGGCAGGAAUAAUCAUCACCAGCAGCGGUGGGGGAGCAACAUGAGAGGGGCCCAGACCGUCACUAUCCUGUUUGGGACGCUGGUGGUUUGUUGGUCGCCAUUUUUUUUCCACCUCGUCAUCAUCAUGGUGUGCCCCAUGAACCCUUACUGCGAGUGUUACCGAUCGCUGUUCCAGCUGCAUGUGGCGCUGCUGACGAGCCAUGCCCUCUUUGAUCCAGCCAUAUACGCCUUCCGCAUUGCCGAGCUCAGGCACACCUUGAGGAAGAUGCUGCUUUGUUCUGACUGGAAGCUCUGCUCGUAGAGACACCUGAUUGCUUAUUUUAUUUUAGUCUGUUUAUCCAGUCAAAUGUUAGCUUUUCAUCAAAGUGUCCUUCGCUCAGUUGAAUAUUCAAAUUUUAGAGUGAACUGUGAAAGGAUUACUUUGUUGCCACUAAGCAGCUGUUUUCUCCAAAGGGCAUUCUUUAGAGACAUCCUGUGUAUUUGAAUAAGCACUGUGACUCUGACUACUGUCCGUCGAUCUCCUCUCUGUUUUGCUUGAAUCCACUGUCUCCUCAUUUCUCCCAACACUUGGAUGUUACCUACUUUCA